CUCUCUUUGGCUAAACUUUUACUCGAACACACAAAAAUGGUCAUUAAGAUUCCUAAUACUUUCAUUAAAACCACCUCACUUCUCUCCUUAAUCCUAUACAUCCUAAUAACAACAACAUCGAAUCCCCAUUCAGUUUUAGCUGAUGAAGUUACCGACGAAGAAGACCCCGAGUUUUACAUUCUUGAUGAAACUCCCACGAUACUCUCAAACGCGACAGUUUCAUCCAAAACUAGAUUGCUAGUUUCUCAAUACAAGAAGAUCAAGAAGGGAAUGAAAUGUCACGUGGAGAGUUACAACAUUUGCAAUGGAGUAAAAGCUAACAAUGGCACUAGCCUAUUGCAUUGCUGCAAGAGGCAUUGUCGAAAUAUUCUUGGAGACAUGAAUAACUGCGGUCGAUGCGGCCACAAAUGCGGUUUUGGGCAGCGUUGUUGCGGUGGUGUUUGCACGUACGUUAACUUUAACCCUAACCAUUGUGGGAAGUGCACUAGAAAGUGUAAGUCCGGGGUUAAGUGUGAGUAUGGAUAUUGUGGGUAUGCUUAAUU